CUGAGGGUCCACUUCCCCACAACGCACUGCUGCCCUCCUGUCUCCAGCCCCACGGAUCCAUCAGAGCCCUGGCUGUUGCUGAUGAGAUCCAAGCAACCUGGAGGCUGCAAGGGGAAACUUUCCCACAGGCAGGUUGUGCUGCAAACUCCAGCUGAAUUUGACCACUGGAAACGGAGGAUCUGCCUUUGGGCACUGGUUCAUCUGAGACCUCCUGUCCCUGCUGGACAAGUGACAUCAGCGCCUCAGAUCCAGGCACAAGAUGAGAUCUGGCACUGGUCCGUGGAGAUGGGGGGCCAUGUUCUUACACCUCCGCCUCUGAAGAGCAGCUGGAUGCAGUGGAGUUGGGAGCCUUUGUGCUGCUCUUGAAACUCAGGGCUGAGGAUUUCUUCUCCUCAAACCCCUCAGCUCAGAUUCUCCCACCUCAGGUGACAGGCUGAGCCCUGAGCUCCCCUGCUCCAUCUGUACCCCCUGAGGGCUGAAGUCCUUCUGAGGGGACGAUCACAUCUCCUCCUUCACAUAGACCACACUGUAGCAAGAGCUCUAAAGAUGGCCUCUGAUAGGCAUAAGGGCAUAGGGUCCCAUCCAGACACUCAGUGAGGCUGUGCGGGACGGGAGGAGCCUCGAUGACUGAGAGUUUGUUGGGACUAAGCCACUGCACUGAGUGAGGAGCCAGCCCGUCUCCUGGCUGAAAGAAGUGAGGGCAUGUGGAUGCCUCCUGGAGGGUCCUGGGUUAGGAAGAGCCAGGAGCUGUCUCUGCUGGAAGAAGGAAUGGAGAGUUUUGGAGACAAAGAAUGAGAUGACGCCUCCCGGCAGCUGAGCCAGGACCCAGGAGCACGUUGACUCUGGCUUUGCCAGCCACAGGGGAGCAUAGUUAGGUGGAAGAGGAUGCCCACAUCUGUUUGGCAUUCCCAAGCCUGGCAUUCCCCUGUCCUGGAGCACUGGCUCUGAGAGUGCAGAGAUGGAUUCAUUCUGCUUUGUCUGCUUCCAAAAAGAGGAGCUACAGCCUUUGCAACUGAACAGCACAACAAUGAGUGCAGGAUCCAUUGAGCAAGAGCCGUCGCGCAAGCUGGCCUGCUGCGGGGUGCCCCUCAUCACUGAGGACAUGCAGUCUCUGGCCAUCCGCACCCUCUCGGGCACUGACAUCAACAAGCACUAUGAUCUUAUCCGCGAGCUUGGCAAGGGCACCUAUGGCAAAGUGGAUCUCGUGUCCCACAAAAGCACAGGCACCAAGAUGGCACUGAAGUUUGUGAACAAGAGUAAGACGAAGCUGAAGAACUUCUUGCGGGAAUUCAGCAUCACCAACACACUCUCCUCCAGCCCAUUCAUCAUCAAGGUCUUUGAUGUAGUCUUUGAGACUGAGGAGUGCUAUGUCUUCGCUCAGGAGUACGCACCUGGAGGGGACCUCUUUGACAUCAUCCCACCACAGGUGGGUCUCCCUGAGGACAUGGUGAAGCGCUGUGUGCAGCAGCUGGGCCUGGCCCUGGACUACAUGCACAGCAAGAAUCUGGUGCACCGGGACAUUAAGCCUGAGAAUGUGCUGCUCUUUGACCGUGACUGCCGCCGGGUCAAGCUAGCUGACUUUGGCAUGACACGCAAGGUGGGCUGCCGGGUGAAGCGCAUCAGUGGCACCAUCCCCUACACAGCGCCCGAGGUCUGCCAGGCCGGCCGGGCUGAGGGCUUCACUGUGGACAUGAGCAUUGAUGUGUGGGCCUUUGGCGUGCUCAUCUUUUGUGUCCUGACUGGCAACUUUCCCUGGGAGGCAGCCUCCGCCACGGACACUUUCUUUGAGGAGUUUGUGCGGUGGCAAAAGGGGCGUCUGGCCGGCCUGCCCUCCCAGUGGAGGCGCUUCACAGACAAUGCCUUGCGCAUGUUCCAACGCCUCCUGGCCCUGGACCCCGAGAAACGCUGCCCUGUCAAGGAGGUCUUCUACUUCAUCAAAUAUGACCUGAUGUCAGAGGUGCGCCGCAGGCCCUCCUACCGCUCCCGCAAACAUGCUGGUGACAAGCUCUCAUCUGGCUCUCACCGCCACGAGACACCCAGCUCCUGUACCCCCACCCCACUCAAGAGGACCAUCCUGACGGAAGGCAGUGGCCCUCGGCUCUCCACCUCAGAGCCAGGCCUGUCCUCCCCAGGGGGAACAGGGAGGACAGAUGGGCGGCAAGACAAAGGCAAAGGGCAGAUGGUCCUGGCCACAGCAAUAGAGAUUUGCGGGGGGGGGGUCACAGUCCUCAUGGCAUGGCUCUGCUCUGCCUGCUUUGGCAGCUUCUGA